GCGCUGUCGUGACUCACUUCCGCUGAGCUACUGGCGCUAACAACAGGUUAAUCCAGUAAGGUUAGCUGAAAGGGACGGCGUGAAUUCUACUGCUGAUAUUUUUGUCGAAUUGCAACUAAAAGCCAGGUGCAUCUUGUCUGUAGGACUCUCAACAGGAAGAUUUGUGCAAAUGGGAGACCCUGCUCUUCACAGAGACUGUCCUCUGGACUGCAAGGUGUAUGUUGGAAAUCUAGGAAACAAUGGAAAUAAGACGGAGUUAGAAAGGGCCUUUGGGUACUAUGGUCCUUUAAGAAGUGUUUGGGUUGCCAGGAAUCCCCCGGGUUUUGCAUUUGUAGAGUUUGAAGAUCCCAGAGAUGCAUCUGAUGCUGUGAGAGAACUGGAUGGAAGAAACAUGUGUGGCUGUCGGGUGCGUGUUGAGUUGUCCACUGGGGAAAAGCGCUCUAGGAGCCGUGGCCCUCCUCCAUCCUGGAGCAGACGCCCUCGAGAUGACUUUAGGCGACGUAGUCCUCCAGUGAGACGCAGAUCACCAAAGAGGAGGAGCCUCAGUCGCAGUCGCAGCAGGUCUCUUUCAAGAGACAGACGCAGAUAUCGGUCUCUCUCCAGAGACAAGAAUCGCAAGCGCUCAAGAUCCUUCUCACGGUCAAGGAGUCGCUCCCGGUCUAAUGAGAGGAAAUGAAGACUUCAGAGGAUGGUCCAUAAGCAAGAUCCUGCUAUGGUUGUGAAAAUACAAAUUUUUAUAGUCUUUUUUUUUUUUCUUUCUUUUUAACGUUUUGUUUGCUAGCUCCAGACAGCCUCGUGUUGGCUUGUCAUGUGUGAUGUAAUAGUAGUCUGAUCAAUUAACAAUUGAAGACUUGGAUGUUUUUUGUUUUGUUUUUUUCUUUUCUCUCUUUCUCAUUUUACUGAAAAACCUUGUUUGACUACAAAUAUACUGUUCACAUAAAGCAAAUGCAUGUUCUAAAAUGGAGCACUGGAUUUAGUUUUACAUGGCCUACUGUUUUUUAACAGUUAAAUUUAAGCAUAUGGGAUGUUUUUAUUUUUUGGUUUUCCUCUUAAAACUACUUUAGAUGCAUUACUGUGAGAUGCAUCAGCAGUAAAAAGCGCAUAGCUGAUACCAGUGACAGAGCACAGACUCUGAAAUGAUGGUGUAAAACUGGUGCUGUUAUUUGCAGGCUAUCCUUGAAGCCUAAACUAUCACCUGUAAUUCUGUUUUUGUUUAUUAUUUUUGGUUUGGGGGUUUUUGUUUUUUUUGUUUUGUUUUUUUUACUUGUCACUUUUGCAAAAGAAGGCAUUUACUCUGUUCUACUAUUCUUGAUUCUCUGAGCUCUGACAAUUCGUGCUGAAGUAGUUAAGCUUGUUCAGUAAAUGUUUUUCCAAGGUAA